ACAUUCCACUUCCGUUUUGUCGGCGUUUUGCAUGUGCUAGGCAACUGAAAUAAGCGACUGAAUUCGUAUUAUUUUCAAUUCUUAUUAAAAUGGCAGCCAUAAAAUCAUUGAAUCCUAAAGCAGAGGUAGCACGAGCUGCUCAGGCUCUUGCUGUUAACAUCAGUGCGGCUAAAGGCCUUCAGGAGGUUUUAAGGACUAAUUUAGGGCCGAAAGGAACCAUGAAAAUGCUGGUAUCUGGAGCUGGUGAUAUCAAGCUGACUAAGGAUGGAAAUGUUCUUCUCCAUGAGAUGCAAAUCCAAAACCCUACUGCCUCACUUAUUGCUCGUGUUGCAACUGCUCAAGAUGAUAUUACAGGAGAUGGCACCACAUCAAAUGUUCUCAUUAUUGGGGAACUUUUGAAACAAGCUGACUUGUAUAUUGGUGAGGGUCUUCAUCCACGUUUGAUCACAGAGGGCUUUGAAAUUGCUCGCAACAAGGCUUUAGAAGUCCUAGAACAAAUUAAAAUCAAGAGAGAAAUUGACAGGGACACCCUGAUCCAAGUCUGUAGGACCUCCCUACGCACCAAAGUUUAUCAAGAGCUAGCUGAUCUGUUAACUGAGCAUGUUGUGGAUGCAGUGCUUGCUAUUAAACAGCCAAAUGGGUUAAUUGAUUUGCACAUGGUUGAGACCAUAGAAAUGAGACACAAGACUGAUAUGGACUCAGUACUUGUGCGUGGCAUGGUACUAGACCAUGGUGCCAGACAUCCUGACAUGAAGAAAAACAUUGAAAAUGUUUACAUUCUGACAUGCAACGUUUCACUUGAGUAUGAGAAGACUGAGGUGAAUUCUGGAUUCUUCUACAAAAGUGCUCAGGAAAGAGAAAAACUAGUUGCAGCAGAGCGUGAGUUUAUUAAUGACAGGGUGAAGAAAAUUAUUGAGAUGAAAAAGAAAGUGUGUGAUGGUACAAAAAAUAACUUCCUGGUCAUUAAUCAGAAGGGCAUUGAUCCAAUGUCAUUGGAUUUGUUGGCUAAGGAAGGAAUUGUUGCUUUAAGACGGGCUAAACGAAGGAACAUGGAGCGAGUUGUUCUUGCAUGUGGUGGUAUGGCAGUGAACUCUGUCGAUGAUCUGGUGCCUGAGUCCCUUGGCUGGGCGGGCCAUGUUUACGAACAAGUCCUGGGUGAAGAUAAAUUCACAUACAUUGAAGACUGCAAGGAUCCUCAUUCAGUUACAGUUGUUAUUAAAGGACCCAAUGCUCACACUAUUACCCAGAUUAAAGAUGCUAUCAGGGAUGGUUUGAGGGCUGUUAAGAAUGCUAUUGAUGACAAUUGUGUCCUGCCUGGUGCUGGAGCUUUUGAAAUAGCUGCUUACCAAGAACUCAUGAAAUUCAAGGACACAGUUAAAGGACGUGCUAGAUUAGGUGUUCAAGCAUUUGCUGAAGCUCUGCUUAUCAUAGUCAAAGUUUUGGCACAGAACUCAGGUUUAGAUCCACAGGAAGCUAUUGUUAAAUUGCAGCAAGAAUAUCUUGGAGUGGAACAAGCUGUUGGUCUUGAUAUUAAGACAGGUGAAGCAUUAAUUCCUGUGAAUGAAGGCAUCCUUGACAAUUACAAUGUGAAGCGUCAACUUUUACAUUCAUGCACUGUGAUAGCCACCAACCUCCUACUUGUUGAUGAAAUCAUGCGUGCGGGAAUGUCAUCAUUGAAAGGAGACUCUUGAUGCUUUUAAUUUAUUCCUACCAGCUUUUUACCACUGCUUUUUUACAGUUAUUAUUCAGUUAAAAUUGUGUAUAUAUGCAGUUCGCUAGGAGUUGACCUGGAAAGAAUUAAGUUAAAAAUAGACACCAUCUUUAUGUGUUUGGCUGAAUUUAUAUUAAUUUAAGCAUGUCUGCUGUUGCUCUUUAUUAAGCUUGUUUUUUUUUUACAAUAAAAAUUUGUUUGACACUU